AUGUUAACACAGCAAACCAACCAGACCUCUACUAGUAACCGAGGUCAUCGAGGGUCUGGUACAACUUCUCAGAAAAAAGAAGAACGUCAACAUUCAGGAAAGCAGAAUAAUAUGCAACAAGAUGCACCACGUUCUUCACGGGAAGGAAAUACGCUGCUGGUCGGUCCAAAUUUCCGUGUUGGAAAGAAGAUUGGUUGUGGGAACUUCGGGGAACUUCGUCUUGGUCGUAAUUUGUAUACCAAUGAAUAUGUUGCCAUUAAACUUGAACCGAUGAAAACUCGUGCUCCCCAAUUGCAUUUAGAGUAUCGAUUCUAUCGUAUACUUCUAAGUGGUGGUGUUGUUGGAUUUCCAAUGGUUUAUUAUUUUGGACCAGUAGGCCGACAUAAUGCGCUUGUAAUGGAAUUGCUUGGUCCAUCUUUAGAAGAUCUAUUUGAAUCAUGUAAACGUCAGUUCUCUUUGAAAACUGUACUGAUGAUAGCAAUCCAGCUGCUUCGACGUAUUGAAUAUGUACAUUCAAAGCAUUUAAUAUAUCGUGAUGUUAAACCAGAGAAUUUUCUUAUUGGACGUCAAUAUUAUAAUAGACAUCGUACUAUAUAUAUCAUUGAUUUUGGUUUAGCUAAAGAAUAUAUUGAUCCAGAAACUCAAAAACACAUUCCUUAUCGUGAACAUAAAAGUCUUACUGGUACUGCACGUUAUAUGAGUAUUAAUACACAUUUAGGCAAAGAACAAUCUCGACGUGAUGAUUUAGAGGCCUUAGGUCAUAUGUUUUUAUAUUUUCUACGUGGUAGUCUACCUUGGCAAGGUUUAAAAGCUGAAAAUCUACGUGAACGUUAUCAGAAAAUUGGUGAUACAAAACGUGCAACUCCUAUUGAUGUUUUAUGUCAUGGUUACCCCGAAAUGGCUACCUAUUUACGAUAUGUUCGAAGUUUAGAUUUUUUUGAAGAACCUAACUAUGAGUAUUUACGUUGGGGAUUUACUGAUUUAAUGCAAAGAAAAGGUUGGGAAUGUGAUUGGGAAUUCGAUUGGUGCAGUCGACCGUUACCUGGAUCUAAACCUCCAGGAUCUACACAUACAUCUGGCGGACAGGCAGUAAAUCCACCAUUAACUAACGUUCCUGCUGGGAAUGCUAGUUGUAUGAAUAAUGGUGUACAAAACACAUCUGGACUUACUUCUCCUACUCAUCAUCCAGUGAAUGGUAAUCAACAAAGUCCUGGUGUUAAUGGUGGGCAUCAUGCAAUGGGAUUAACUGGAACACCUUUAUUAGAUCCUGGUACUUCUCAUUGGCCACCUACUGGGCAAUCAAAUAAUGUACCUAGUUAUAUCAAUGAAGAUGGCGGUACAUCACCAAAUGAAUUAAGAUAUAAAGUUGAUGAAUAUUUACCUUCCUAUUUUGGUCAGCAAACCACAAAUCAAACUAUUAUGCAUACCGGUCUUCUUGGUGCUAAUAAAAUUGGUUCACCUAAUGACGGUAUUGUAGAUGAUGUUGGACCUACUGGUGUUGGCGGCGGUGGUGCUAUGCCCACUUCAAACUCUAGUGGUUUGCCAUAUGGUGGCGGUGGUGCUGUAUCCGGUACAAAUGCCGGUGGUACACAUAUUCGGAAUAUAACCGGUUUAUACAGUGGCGGUGGUCCAGAAGAAACUAUGGCUCGAGAUAUUGAUGACAAUUUAGGCAUGGGAGUUGGCAUGACAGCAACAGAAUCAUCGCCUGAAAAUGUAGUUGGCGCUGAACAAGAUGAUAUACAAAGUCAAUCAGGUUGUUGCGGCUGCUUUGGUCAACGGUCUAAAAAUCGACGUCUUCGAUCUCAGUUUAUCUAG